CGGCUGCUGCGCUCGGAAUGACAGCGAAUCCAUCCCUGCGCUGGAGAGUUGCCAGAAGUUUCUCAUCUCGCUGGCUGUGGGCUGCGAGCUCCCGCUCUGGCUCUUCCUUUUUUUAUUUUUUUAUUUUUUUUUUUCAUUUUCCCCCUCUCAGAGGUUUUUCUGGUGCCUGCACAGCCAGCUCAACUCCGAGGUUCGCCGCUUCCCUCUCUCCCGCUCUUCCACACCCAGCCUGGGAGCAGCCGGGAGUGCGUGGCCGUGGGAUUCCUGCCUUCCUUCCCCGCGGGUGGCUCGGAAACUUCGCCAUGCGGCUGGAGGAGCUCCGAAGGCUCCAGCACACCUUGGAACAGGUCAAUGAUGGCAAAGACUCGCUUCAAAGCCAUCAGCUUGCCAUGGAUGAGGAAAACAACAUUGAGGAAUACCACAUCAACUUACAGCCCUUGGAGUCCAAAGUGAAAAUCAUCCAGCGGGCAUGGCGGGAGCAUCUGCAGCGCCAGGACCUGCCGGGCAAGCGCAGCCCCUCCCCGGCAUCGCUGUCCUCGGGCAAGAUGAGCAGGUCGGGCAGCACCAACACCUUCUCCGACAGCAGCACCCCCGUCAACAAACCAGCAGGUAGAGACAGAGCUGAGAAAGCUUUUGGCUUGUGA